UUGUGGGUUAAGACCGGAGAUCCCAAAGGAAUGCCCUCAAGUCCUCAGAUAUCUUAUGAACAAAUGCUGGAGCACUUGUCCCUCCACACGCCCUAGAUUUUCUCAUAUCCACUGCGUCUUGCUCCGUGCCAUCUCACGAAAAUAACAAGUCAAAAGACAAAAGAAAGUGAAGAAGGUGGGUGAUAUAAAAAGGAGCAGCCAUUGAUUUGUCUUCGCCUUUGGAAGAAGACUUGAACAACUCCAACAUCGACAGAGUAUGCGUUCCGAUCAACGAUGGAGUUUGCUCUCCAUCAUCUUCCUCCUCUUCUUUCUUCCUCACAAUCUCACGUUUGGACUCUGUUUCAGCACCGAAGGUACUUUUGUUUUCAUCUUUCUCUGGGUAUAUUUAAAUGUUGAGAUGGGGAUAUUGGCAUGGUGUUUUGCAGCAUUGGCUCUGAUGAAAUUCAAAGGGAGAAUAGAGAGAGACCCAUUUGGAGCUCUGAUGAAUUGGGGAGAGCUUCCUCAUUGUUCUUGGUCUGGUGUUGUCUGUUCACAUGAUGGAAGAGUCGUCAUCUUAAAUCUACAAGAUCUCUCUCUUCAAGGAACACUUGCGCCUGAACUCGGAAACCUAACUCACUUGAAAUCUCUUAUUCUGAGAAACAAUUCAUUUUCCGGGAAAGUACCUAAAGAGGUAUCAGAAUUGCAGGAGCUUGAGGUUUUGGAUUUGUGUGACAACAACUUUGGCCAGCCAUUUCCAUUCAGCUCCAACGGUCGUAAGCUGCUUCAGAUAGCCCCUCCUGGCCAGGAUCCACUCUUGCGUAAAUCUCCUCCUCCUCCCCCGUUACCUCCUCCUGAAUCCUCAGUCGUUUUUCCUUUCCCUGAUUUUCCUUUUCCUCUUCCUCCUCCUCCGUUGAAUAGAGAUAUAAGCCCUCCUGCUGGCUCCCCAACCGACCCGCCUGCAGCAGUUUUCCCUCCUCUAGCUCAACCUCCACCAUUUACCCCUCCACCCGCUCAACCUCCACCAGUUUCCCCUCUAGCUCCCCCACCAGUUCAACGUCCUGCUAUUAUCAAGAAAAAUAAAUCUCACUUGUUUUUUAUAAUAGUCGGAGUGCUAGCAGGUGUAUUAGUCCUCAUGGGCGCAGUGGUGGCCUUCUUUCUUCUCCGGAAGCAAAAGGUAAUAAUGAUAAAGUCAUUGACAACAAGGAGCAUUGGCCACCUUCAAGAUGUUGAGAUUACAGGUGUUCCUAAGCUAAAGCUAUCAGAACUAGAAUCUGCCUGCGAAGAUUUCAGUAACAUCAUAGGUACCACAUACUCAAACGCCACCAUUUACAAAGGAACUCUCUCCACCGGCUCUGAAAUUGCCGUUCUAUCUGUCGCAUCUGGAUCCCUUCAGGACUGGUCAGCGGAUCUCGAAACGCAGUUCCGACAGAAGAUACAGAGGUUAUCCCAAGUGGACCACAAGAACUUUCUGAAUGUAAUCGGAUAUUGCCAUGAAGACGAGCCUUUCAACAGGAUGCUGGUUUUCGAGUAUGCACCUUACGGAUCCCUCUUCGAGCAUUUGCACGAGCAAGACGCAGAGCACUUGGACUGGUCAAAGAGACUGAGAAUCGCAAUGGGAAUAGCUUACUGUGCACAACACAUGCACAAUCUAAACCCUAAACCCAUCUCCCAAGCAAACCUCAACUCCUCUUCAGUCUACUUGACAACAGAUUACGCAGCCAAAGUCGCUGACUUUACGUUCCUCAGCACCACACCACUUGACCCCAAGACCAACUAUGUCCUCAGCUUUGGCGUCAUUCUGCACGAGAUCAUCACCGGAAAGAUCCCGGACCCGGAUUCUCCCAUCAAGGAAACCAAACCGGCGAGAGAACUUGUGGAUCCGACACUGGAAAGCUUUGACGAGAAUGUCCUGCAGAAAAUGUGGGAAGUGGUUAUCGAGUGUUUGAAUCAGAGGCUGGAAAUGAAGGAAGUGGUGGCUAAGCUGAGAGAGAUCACUGGAAUCACGGAGGAAGCAGCGUUGCCAAGGCUAUCUCCGGCGUGGUGGGCGGAGCUGGAGAUUAUAUCCACUGAAGGAACCUAAAAGUGUGUAGCUUUUAACAUGUAUGUAUGUAUUAACACAUCAACUGCAAUAUGCACAGUAAAGCAAUGCUUCUUUUCUUUUCUCUGUAUCAACAUUUUUUUUUUCAUCUUUCAUGUUUGGGUAUCAACUAUAACCAUGUCGUAUACCAAAAAUAAUAUCUUUCUAUA